CUUUAGAAAAACACGUCCAGUAAGUCGACGCCCACACGGAACAUGUAUUAAAAGUGCUGAUUCUCCAGACAAUUGAAUCACUCGCACCCCACCGGAGGACAAGAGCCGUUUGGAAACAGACAACAGUGAGUGUUGCAGAAUGGCAGAAUUUGAAGAGAUUAUUAAAGCGGUUGAAGAUGGGAUAGAAGAAGCGGAAGAAGCAUCUGAGGGACUAUCAGGAGAAGCACGAGAGGAAAUUGAAGAAGUAAUAGCCGAAACCCGCACGGCGAUUGAAGAGCUUUCUACAACUCAGAAUAAACUCCAAGAGUUCCUUAAGUCCAUCGGAAAUUGUGUAGCUAAAGUGGCCAAGUUUACUGCUGAAACUGUAGCGGUUGGCGCCAUCCUGUGGGGGGUAAAUGUUGCUUUAAACAAGCUGCUUCCACAACAUGACCAAAAAGAAACCAAGACACGCAUGCGUAAUGUAAUAAAGGCCUUGAGUGACGUGAUCAACACUGAAGCCACCAUAAACAAGAAGGUACUGGAAUGGAUGGAGGUCCACAAGGACGAUACCAUCACUCUGGAUGGAUAUGAAGUGUCUUUGGAAGCCAUUCUGACAAAAUACAUUAAACCAUUAGUUGAGGCAUCCGAAAAAGCCGAAACCAUCGCUGAAUCCCUCCAAGAAAAGGUUGAUGGGAAAACUCAGUUUAAAUGUCCAAGCGCAGAUGUCAUGAGAAAAUUCAUGGAUGUGACCGAUGUGUACAUCAAGGCCUUCACCGAUCUCAUCGCGUUCAUUAUGAAAAAUGUAGACCAUGUUGUAGAGCUGCAGAGCUUUCCGGUAAAAGAGGGAGAUGUUAUUGACCUAGCAGCAAAGCUGAAUGCUGCCAAGGACUUACCUCUGUGGUAAAAUAGAUUAUGAUUUGAUAACAUUACUCAGAAAUGGCAGAACAAGUUGUGUGUGUUUUUCUAGUUUGGAUAAGUUUGGCUAAUUCAACACUUUUAUCUACUGAAUUUAUUGAAUAUAGCACGUGGAACAAGAUCAAAUCAAAUGAACAUUUUAAUGGCAAUGCUAUCUUGUUUUACUUUUAAUUCAUUCGGCUUAUUUUCUUUAAACGUAUUUGCAUUUUUAUAACAAUUAUAUUUUUAAAAUGAAUCAUUUCUGAUUAAGAUUCAUGUAUUUCCUAUAACUUACUCAUAUGAAAAUAUUUUUAUGCCAGUGAUGUCUUAAUCAGUUAACUCUUAGAUUUUGGAUGAGUUUCAUCACCAGACUUUCUAAACCAGUCUCAUUAUGAAUCAGUGAACGUUGGUCAAUGUACAUUUCCUGUUUCAAAAUAUUGUCAUCAAAAGAUCUGCAACAUGAAUCUCCAUUUUUUUUUCUCCACUUGUAUCUGCAUUCAUCAUCUUCAUUAAAAGAAGUUCAUAAACUA